GCGUAAAUGCAUGGAAAAUAAACACAUCGCUAUUUCAAAUGUCUUGAAUAAUCGCUUUCGUGUACAAUUCCUUUAAAUAAAGUCAGUACACAAAUCAUCUAAAAUAUUUGGGACUAAAAUAAAAUAUUUCCUGUCCAAAAGACAAGGAAAAUAAGUACAAAAACUCGGGGCAAGCUAGUCAGCUAAGCUAAAGCAAAUAUGUUUAUUUAUCUCAGUAAAAAGAUUGCCAUUCCAAACAAUAUCGUUUUAAAAUGUGUGUCCUGGAACAAAGAUCAAGGUUUCAUCGCCUGUGGAGGAGAAGAUGGCCUUUUGAAAGUCCUCAAACUUGAGACUUACACAGAUGAUGCUAAAUUAAAAGGCCUGGCUGCUCCCAGCAAUCUGUCCAUGAAUCAAACGCUGGAGGGCCACAGUGGUGCAGUGCAGGUUGUGACGUGGAAUGAACAAUACCAGAAACUCACCACCAGUGACCAAAAUGGGCUUAUCAUUGUCUGGAUGCUUUACAAAGGUUCAUGGUAUGAGGAGAUGAUUAAUAACAGGAAUAAGUCUGUUGUGAGGAGCAUGAGCUGGAGUGCUGAUGGUCUAAAGAUCUGUAUCGUGUAUGAGGAUGGUGCUGUGAUUGUGGGCUCAGUGGACGGAAACAGGAUCUGGGGUAAAGAACUGAAAGGGACUCAGCUGGCACAUGUGGCCUGGUCUCCUGACAGUAAGAUCCUGCUUUUUGGAAUGGCCAAUGGAGAGAUCCACAUCUUUGAUAACCAGGGAAACUUCAUUAUGAAGAUGACCAUGAGUUGUUUGGCGAAUGUAACAGGUGCCCUCAGUAUAGCAGGUAUCCACUGGUACCCAGGCACAGAGGGGUAUCUGGAGCCAGACUGUCCCUGCUUGGCUGUUUGCUUCACCAAUGGGCACUGCCAAGUGAUGCGCCAUGAGAGCGAUGACAAUCCUGUGAUUAUCGAAACAGGCAUGUGGCAUGUUGCCAGUAUCCAGUGGAAUCACUGCGGCAGUGUUCUGGCUAUAGCUGGAUCACUCAGAAACAGUGGAGCCGAGAAAGACAUAAACAUUGUUCACUUCUACACGCCAUUCGGAGAGCACUUGCGGACUCUGAAGGUACCGGGUAAGCAGAUGACUGCUGUAUCAUGGGAAGGUAGAGGACUCAGAAUCGGCCUGGCUGUAGAUUCCUACAUUUAUUUUGCCAACAUUCGGCCAGAUUACAAGUGGGGUUACUGCAGUAACACGGUGGUGUACGCAUACACACGUCCUGAUAGGCUGGAGUACAGCGUUGUGUUCUGGGACACCAAGAAUAAUGAGAAGUUUGUGAAAUAUGUCAAGAGCCUUAUGUCCAUUACUACCUGUGGAGAUUUCUGCAUCCUGGCCACCAAAGCAGACGACACACACCAACAGGAGGAAAAAGAGACUGAAGCUGGAUCUGCUACGUAUGUCCUGGUGUUGUGUAACUCAAUUGGAACCCCACAGGACUCUAAAUACAUUGACAUCGACCCCCUGUUCAUUACUAUGACAAAGACUCAUGUGAUCUCCGCAUCUAAGGAGGUGUUUUACGUUUGGCAGUAUCGUGUUGCCAAGAAACUCACCGCUCUUGAAAUCAACCAGGUCACCAAGACCCGAAAAGAAGGUCGAGAGAGGGUUUAUCACAUUGACGACAGUACAAGCGGAAUAUCGGAUGGGACAGUGAACUUUGCCAAGGCCUUCUCAGCCACCAGAGAUCCAAUUUGCUGCAUCGCAGCAUCAGACUGGAUGCUUAUAGUGGGUCGUGAGUCUGGUAUCUUGCAGAGGUACAGUCUGCCCAACAUUGGCCUCCUGCAGAAAUACACCCUCACCACCAGACCAUUUCAGCUGUCUCUCAACUGUAACUCCAGCCGUCUGGCUAUUAUAGACAUUACAGGGCUGUUGACAUUUUUGGAUGUAGAGACACAGGGUUCGUCAAGGGACACAGAGGGUUGGUCUGCAGCUGGAGACCCAUCUAAAUUCGAGCGCAAGGAUGUCUGGGAUAUGAAAUGGGCCAAUGACAAUCCAGAUCUGUUUUCCAUGAUGGAGAAAACCAGAAUGUAUGUCUUCAGAAACCUCGACCCUGAGGAGCCGAUUCAAACAUCUGGCUUCAUCUGCCACUUUGAGGAUCUGGAGAUCAAAUCUGUUCUUUUGGAUGAGAUUAUGAGGGAUCCAGAGGUUCCAAAUAAAGAUUAUUUAUUGAACUUCGAGAUUCGCUCACUGAGGGACAGCCGAGCACUGAUUGAGAAGGUUGGAAUUGAAGAUGCUUCUCAGUUUAUAGAGGACAAUCCCCACCCGCGCCUAUGGCGUCUUUUGGCAGAAGCGGCGCUGCAAAAGCUGGAUUUGAAGACAGCUGAGCAGGCGUUUGUGCGCUGUAGAGAUUAUCAGGGCAUUGAAUUUGUGAAGAGACUGAGCAAUCUGCAGAGUGAAGCCAUGAAACAGGCCGAAGUGGCUGCUUACUUCAGCAGGUUUGAGGAGGCAGAGAGGAUGUACCUGGACAUGGAUCGCAGGGACUUGGCGAUCAGUUUGCGGAUAAAGCUUGGUGAUUGGUUCAGAGUCCUGCAGCUGCUCAAGACAGGGUCAGGUGACUCAGAUGAUGCACUGCUAGAGCAGGCCCACAACGCCAUCGGAGACUACUUUGCAGACAGACAGAAAUGGUUAAAUGCAGUGCAGUAUUACCUGCAGGGUCGUAAUCAGGAGCGUCUGGCUGAAUGUUAUUAUAUGCUGGAGGACUAUGAUGGUCUGGAGAGACUUGCAAACUCUCUACCAGAGAACCAUAAACUGUUACCAGACAUUGGUCAGAUGUUUGUUACUGUGGGGAUGUGUGAGCAGGCAGUCGGUGCAUUUCUGAAGUGUAAUCAGCCUAAAGCAGCUGUGGAUGCCUGUGUGCAUCUAAACCAGUGGAACAAAGCUGUUGAACUUGCUAAAAACCACAGUAUGAAGGAGAUUGGCCCUCUGCUGUCCAAAUAUGCCUCACACUUGCUGGAAAAAAACAAAACAUUAGAGGCUGUGGAGCUGUACAGGAAAGCCCACCACUUCCUGGAUGCUGCUAAACUCAUGUUUAAGAUUGCUGAAGAAGAGGCGAAAAAGAGAACAAGACCAUUACGAGUGAAGAAGCUGUAUGUGCUCGCUGCCCUGCUGGUGGAAAACUUCCACACUCAGAUCAAAAGUUCACAGCAAAGCAAAACCAAGGGCAAGAAAUCAGAGGCCACCAGUGCAUUAGCAGGGCUGUUAGAGGAAGAUGAGUCGUCUUCAGACAGCCGUAUCCUGGAUGACGCCUGGCGUGGGGCAGAGGCCUAUCAUUUCUUCCUGCUCGCACAGAGACAGCUGUAUGAUGGCAAGGUGGAUGCAGCCAUGAGGACAGCUCUUCAUCUCCGUGAUUAUGAGGAUAUUAUACCUGCUGUGGAGAUUUACUCUCUGCUAGCAAUCUGCUCCUCUGCCAAUUGUGCAUUUGGUACAUGCUCACGUGCCUUUAUCAAGUUGGAGUCUCUGGAAACACUGACUCCAGAUCAGAGGCAACUGUACGAAGACCUGGCCCUGGAGAUCUUCACCAAACACAGCCCACGAGACACCCGGCAAAGCCAGCAAGACAGCCUCACUGAUGGGCCUGAGGGCAAGUUACCCACUUGUAUCGUGACAGGAAGAGUGAUAUCUGAGUAUCAGUUCUGGUUGUGCAGUGUGUGUAAACAUUGUGCUUUGGAGCAGGAAAUUACACAACACAACUUCUGUCCUCUCUGCCACUCUUCAGUGGCAUAAACUUCAUCCUGUGUCCUUUCCAAUGCUCAUCUCUUGCUCUGUCAAAUUUCAGACUUUUUUUUUUUACAUAGUGCACAAUGAACUCUGCCAUAGAAUUACAAGGUUCAAUAUAGCUGCAAGCAAUGAUGACGGGCCCAAGCACCAUGGGUCCAUUUCCUCCCGGUGGCUUUCGGAAAACAACGCAAGGUGGACACAUGCAUUUGGCAUUUGACAUUCUCCUAAACAAUUUUGAAGCAAUUUGGGUAAAUAUAAGAGGACUAUUUUAAAGUCUGUUUUAAGAGCCACACUUCCUGCUGCCAGGUGGUGGCGCUAUGACCGUGACCCAAAAUAGUCACAUGUGAAUAGUCCUCAAGACUAAACAUACAUCACAUUGCGCACAGAAGAUAUGAGACAUCUUUUUUCCCAUUUUUCGCCAUUAAUUUAAUGCCUCGCUAUGGCAACACCGUUCGAUAUAUCAAAAAACUGUUCACAAUUUAGCAUCUUCUAUGUCUUGGCAUAAUAUUGUCUUAAUGUGGUGACAGUCUCAUGAAUCCCAUAGGAGGAGUAUUUAAAAGUUCAGAGUCUGCAAUAUUUAAAAAAAUCCAAAAUGGCCGACUUCCUGUUGGGUGGAGCUAAUAACUAUAAUUAUGAAAGUUGUCCGGCUUGAUGAGAACUAUAUAUGUACCAAUUGUGGUGACUGUAGGUGAAAAUGGGGAUGCUACAGAGGCCGUCUUACACGGCCAUUUUAAAGGGGACGGUAAAGAGCCCCCCCCCAUAUGCCGUUGCUAUGGCAACACUAUUUAAGAUAUCAAAUAUCCCUUGACAGUUUUACAUCAGCAGUGUCUUGACAUUAUUCUAAAGAAUUUUGAAGCAAUUCAUGUAAACAAAAGAGGGCUAUUUCUAGGUCUGUUAAAAGUGCCAUACUUCCUACUGCCAGUUGGUGGCACUAUGACCGUGCCCCAUAAUAGCCACAUCCAUGUGAUUAGCCCCCAUUACCACACAUACAGCUGAAUUUUCAUCAAAAUCACACAAUGCUCACAGAAGAUAUAAGGCAUUUUCUGUUUUCCAGUUUUCACCAUAAAUGUAUUGCUUCGCCAUGGGGACACCAUUCAAAAUUUUAAAAAUCCAUUUGCAAUUUAGCAUCUACAGUGUCUUGGCAUGAUGUUGCACAAAUUUGGUGCCAGUUACAUGAAUCCCUUAGGAGGAGUAUUUAAAAGUUCAGAGCCUGCAAUUUUCAGAAAAUCCAAAAUGGCCGACUUCCUGUUGGGCGAGCUAAUGUCUGUAACUAUGAAAGUUGUUCAGCUUGAUGAGAACAAUAUAUGUGCCAAGUUUGGUGACUCUAGGUGAAAAUGGGGGUGCUACAGAGACCCCGUUACAAGCCCAUUUUCAAGGGGACCUGCAACUUUGCCCAGCCCUAAUGGCCGACGACUCUGAUGUGUGUGCAAUAUUCAAGAGUUUUCACGCUUGUUAAGUACCUAAAACCUUGAAAAGAAUAAUAAAAAUAAUCCUUAGAAGAACAAUACGGCUUCUGCACUUUCAGUGCUUGGACUCUAAAAAUGUCAUUUGGAUGUUCAAAAAUAUUUAUUUAUUAUUUUUGUCUGUUUUGUAUACCAAUUUCAUAUAUUGAUGUAUAGAUUUACAUUAUUUACUUCAGUAUUUUAUGUAGAAAUAUGAGUGACUCAUCUUAGAAAUGGGUAACAUACUGUACGUGUGUAAUUAUGUGAAACAAAUCCUAACAAGCAGAAGACAAACAUACUGCUCCAAUAAAUGCAUUUUGUAUAUUAAAUAUAAUUUUUCAGUUAAAAUAUAACAGGUUGAGUGCUCUUGUGUCUUUAUCAACAAUCGUAACUAGCUAGAAAAAA